AUGUUGGCUCCCUGGCCUUUCCGCAGGGGGGACUGUCCGUCUUCGUCGCCUUCUCGUGAGUGGGGACACGUCGCCUCGGCCACGGACGCAGCGGCUGAGCCCGCAGCCCCGCUGUUUUCUGCGCGCGCCUCUUCUCUUCUGCAACCUUCCCCUUCGUCCUCUUCCGACCUUCCUCCGGCGUCCAGUCUCCACCCCAAGCCGCCGUCUUCCUCGUCCGUCUCUUCUUCCCCCUUUUCCCUUCUUCCUGACUCGCGGGCGCCCGCCUCAUGUGCGGCAGCCUCGAGCUCGUUGCAGGGCGAGGCAGUCGCUGGGGCGCGUGAGCGUCUCGUGCUCAGCGCAGAGCCCUCGACCGGCGCGACAGGCAACUCGCCUCGCAACGGGCAAACCGAGUGUCUGCUCGGCGUGAAGACCGAGACGCUCGCCGACACGGCGCAUGCAGUUAUGGUCAACGACAGCUGGACAGCGGCGACAGCGCCUCUUUGCGCGGCCUGCCAGGUGCUUCGAGGUGCGCUCGCUGGGUCAUGCGCAAAGACCGUCGUCUACCCUCUGGACCGCCUCAAAAUGCAUCUCCAGGUGAAAGCCGCUGCAACGGGCCAGGCAUUCCAGCUCUCAGGCGCGUACAGCGUCAUGAAAGGCAUGGUCUCUCCGGAACAGGGCGGCCUUCGCGCGCUCUGGCGAGGCAAUGGAACCGCGUUCAUCCGGGCCUUCCCCUACAGCGGCUUCAGCUUCUACUCCUUCGAGCGGUACAACGCGUAUCUCAGAUCGCGAGCGCCGUCGUGCCCGAAGCUUUGCCACCUAGGGGCGGGCUCCGCCGCAGGGAUGACUGCAACGCUCAUCACGUAUCCCUUGGAUGUGUUGAAUACCCGCAUGGCUGUAACCGAGCACCGUCUCUCUUAUGCCCAGGUGUCGCUUUGGCAGUUUGAAGGCUUUCGUUCUCUGUUUCGUGGAAUCUCGGCAACGGCGUUGGGGAUUGUCCCCUACGCAGGCAUCUCGUUUUGCACUUUUGAGUCCCUCAAAGAGGAAUGCAGAGCUCAAGGAAUUUCCGUCACACCCAUGGUGAACGCGCUGUGUGGCGGGGUGGCGGGCGUCGCGGGGCAAACGGCGACGUAUCCUCUCGACACCGUCCGGAAGUUCAUGCAGUCGAGUUCCUUUCUGUAUCGGUUCCAAGAGACAGGACACACCGGAUCGGCUGCGCCGCCAUCGCUUGUGGAGGCUUUCAAAUUCCUCUACAGACGCGCGGGGUGGAGAGGUCUGUACAACGGCGUGUCCCUGAAUUGGAUCAAAGGCUUCCUCGCUGCCGGCUUGGCCUUCUCCCUCAACGAAUCGGGGAAACAGUAUCUGACCCCGAGGUUUUGCCAACAUCCAGAACGCGCCGUCUACACGAGAGAGGGAGAACCGCAAAGGCGCACCUGA